AUGAGUCGCAGUAAGGAACCCCCAUGCUUGUACUCUGAGCUGCAACGUUUAUGUCAUAUCAGGACAUCCCAUGUCGCCAACGACGUCAUAGCAGCAUCGCAUACUGGCCAAGAGCCCCUCAACGAUAGGCAGCUAGAAGCUCGCAUCUUCGCCCUGGUUAUUGCUAUCGACAACUAUCGUAAUUCAGAAAUCAAUAAACUUCAAGGUUGCGUUCCCGACGCUGAGGACCUCCACAAGUUCCUCGAGGAUACGCUCAAAAUUCCUUCCCAUCGGAUUCGACGGCUCUACAACGAACGCGCUACACGUCGCGCGAUCCUUGACACCUUCAUAUCCCAUUUCAUCGAAAACAUCGACAUCCAACCAGGAGACACGAUGAUAUUGUUCUACGCAGGUCACGGUGACCGCGAGACUGCGCCUGAAGGCUGGAAAGCUCCCAACAACAUGGUCGAGACCAUCUCUCCGUACGACGUUCAUACGAAGGAUACCGACGGGAAUGCCGUUCUAGGCAUCCCAGACUGGACGAUUGACUGCCUGAUGCAGCGUCUGGCAAAGGCCAAAGGCGACAACAUAGUCGCAAUAUUCGAUUGUUGUCACUCGGGCGGCGCAUUGCGAGAAAUUACGGAGGACGCUGGUGUGCCACGCGCAUUG